AUGUCCAUCGUGGCAACGUGGGAUCUGCAGGCGAACUACAGUCCCCGCUCGUUGGCUGUCUUUCCGGCUGCGCAAGGCGCUGUUGUUGCGACACACAAUCCCUUUGAUGCCGCGGCAGCGGUACCAGUGGAAGGACACGCGCUGGCGAUCGUGUACGGAACCGAACGAGGAUCCGUGCACUAUCGCUCGUUCGGACCACCGAGCCGAACCGCCCGAGCGGGACUGGCGUCCUCUUCUUCCAGAAACGCAGCCUCCACUUCAUCAGCAGCCCACCAAUUGCAAACACCGCUAGGAGUAGCGCAAGGAUCGGGACGUCGUCCCAGUGCUAAUUUGCCGCGGCAUUUAUUUCCCAUUGACUUGUCCAGCGGAUCCGUGCCGGGGUCCAUCGUGGUAUGUUUGCAAUUGGGAGGAACAGCUCCUCAGUCUCCGUCCGUUCCGGUGUUUCUUUUGCUGGUGGACGACAAUCGGGGAACCUCGGGUAGUAGUCAGCCCGGAGCGUACGCAACGUAUUUGGCAACGCUCUCCCACGGAUCCUUUCACGUGCUGUCCACCCAAUCGUCUUUACCACGAAUGAGUUGCGUUCAGUACAGUCCCACAACCGGUAUAGUAUACGCAGCGGGACGCCACCUGCAAACCUUACCCUGGGAGCAGUGGGAGACAUUGGUAGACGACACCAACAAACACGCUCGUGGACGGUCGACGAUGCACUCCAAGCGCACGGUCUUUUCGUCUUCGUCGCUACCAUCCCCGGGUGUUCGUAGUGGACCCGACGGUAUGGCGUUCAUUGCCAAAAACAAGGUAACUGUAGUGGCGGUGGGCAACGCAGUCUAUGGCGUGGCUGGCCACGACCCACGGGAUUUGCCGUCGUCGGAAGGUCCCGUCAAGUUGCUUUCGUUCGCACAGUCUUCCCAAGUACAUCCGAUUAUUUGUUUAGAUCUGCUGGACCAAUCACUCGAUCCUGAUUGGUCCUUGAUCUUCCUGGCAAGUGGUCGCGAGUGUGCCGUGCUUGAUGUACACUAUGGACCACCGGACAACGCCCGGAUCUCCUCCAGUGAACCUCGCCACGGGAUUGUUACCUUGGCCUCACCAAUCCUGGCCGCGGCCACUUCUUUGCCCUGGGUAGCCGUUUUGACGAGUGACGGCCUCAUUAGUGUGCGAUCUCCUUCCUGCAUGGCAAUUCCCUUGCGGACAGUGGAAGUCGGGACACGACCGAACGAUUAUUUCGUGCUGCGAACUCUGCUGGAAGAAACGCAAACGACGCCGUGGAUUGUGGCCUUGAGCUAUUCAGGAGAAGGACGUGUCCUACAGUGUCAGCCAGAUACGGAACAAGACCUUGCCGACCGGUUAAUGAGACAUGCUAUUGACGCCUUUGGCGCCAACGGCUUUCCACGAUCGGAACUUGCCGAAGCCGUCAACGCAUCUUUCACUGCAACGUCGUACGUCGGGCCAGAGGCAUCGGCACGCGCCCGUGUGUUACUGAAGGAAUACUUGGAAGCGGUUUUGGGGUUGUCAGAUUUCGAAGGUGGCGGUUCCUCUUGUUGGCCCACGGAACUCUCCAACGGGGAGGGUCACCACGGCUCACUCGCUGGUGGUUUUUCGGGUCACGGGGUUUCUCCUAGUGUUGUUUCUUCGGCGUCGCCGGCUACCCUCUUGACGGGGACGGCCCUCCUGUGUUUGGUGUCCAGUCAGCUCUCGCCUCCCAAUUCAAGUUUGGCCAACCGAGCUGCCAAAGCUUCGGCCGAGAAGAUGGGCAUUGUCGUGGAUGGGACGAUAGCGGGCGCAACGGUCCUGGUAUGUGAGUUGGUGGCAGACAAGCUCUUGAGGGAAGCCUCGACUGCCCUUUCUCUGUUGCCCGGGUCGUCUUCGGCUCCCAUCACGCGUGUUCAUCGGCAAUCACAGACUGGAAGUCAUACAGACUUUGUCGAAGCUGCGAUUUGGUUGCUGCGCUCUUGCGGAAAGCACGAACGAGCAAUCGAUGUGACUUACGAGAAACUGCAACAGCAAGGCCAAACGGGGAACGAAGCGAGCGCACGAGGCUAUUGGUCACAGAUCAAGUACGAAUCCUAUACGGCUACUCAUUUGAGCGACCUUUGGGGUGCAGGUAAAGAAAUUGCCUGCGAUCUAGUGCUCAAGUCUCCCGCAACCUAUCGCCUAUUGGAAAAUAAUCCUCGUCUAGGAUUGUCCGUCUUCACUGCGUUGCACCCGCAGAAUCAAAGCCAGUGGCGAUCCAUGUCGGCUCGUGACAAUCCCUUGUCGCACCCCAACUUUCCCUACCAAGUCGUGAAGCUCCUCAAGUCAAUCAACCCUGCAAUACCGUACGACAAAGAUCCUUCGUUACCUCUCGAGGAUCAGUCUCUGCCUUUAGAGUCGGGACGGGCGUUGGUAGUGACGUAUAUAGAAUCCGCCAUCGGGAUUGCUACAGGACGACCGACCGAGCCAGACCAAUUCGACACAUUACCUUCCAACGAAGACUUCGAGGAACGUGUUGCCAAUUUUCAUGACGAAUUGUCGUUUCAGCUCUUGGAGGGCGUGAUUGCCGAACGACGAGAUGAUGAUGAGAAUGGAUUGGAUACAGACUUGGGUAAACACUAUCGUACCAAGCUUCGACGUCUGCUACGAUGGCCGAUCGCCAAGAUUCGCGCAGAAACCUUUAUGGACUCACUUCCCUCUUCAUUUUUGGAAGAAAAGGCCUUGGUCCUGGGUCGGCUAGGACGGCACGAAGAUGCUUUGCGGAUUCUGUACAUUGAUCUGGACAGUCUCGAGCUGGCUCUCGAGUAUUGUGACCAUCGCCACGAAGUUCAAAAAUUACAACAAAACCAAGCGCGAGCUCAACACCCCAGUACAAACAUGUACUCGGAUGAAGAUUUGCUCGAAUCUGAGAGUUUGGAGAGAGACAACGCCUAUCUUCCGUUGAUCCGUGUGGCACUCGAAUCGGACCCUAAGAAAGGAGCUAGUGUUGCGAUACAGAUUCUCGCCCUGCGACGAAGUGCAAUUGACCGAGCAGCAGCCUUACGCUUGUUGCCGGUAGAUGUUCCCGUUUCGGCGGUGGCACGGCCUUUUCUUAUCCCAGCCUUGGUGGACAGCGAAUCGCAGGUUCGAAGGUUGACCGUUGUUUCCGCGUUACUGCGUGCACGAUACGUGCGUCUCCAAGACGAGCUGACGAACGCACAGCUAAAAGCGCAAGCGAAUGUACACGUGGUUCCUCAGCUACGCAAUUUGAAUUUGGGCGAUCCGUUGCAUUCUACCAAGGCGUUUCGUGCUCGCACGACCACAACUGCCAGUGCAACCAUGCCCAACGUGAUGAUUAUCAAACACUUCUUUCCUCGUCACUUGGUCCUUCAAGUAAAAGUGACGAACGAGGCAGGCUAUUCGGAUCGUCAAGGGCGUGCCCUUUCCGACAUUGCUUUUGUGGUGGCCGAAUCUUCGGAGGAGGCCAUUCAACCUUUGUUGCAGGUUCCGAUUCAGACGCUACCUCCAGCAAUGACGGGAUCCGCUUGGUGCGUUUUGUCGGCUUCGCCAGGGCGUAUGGACGGUUCGACGGCACAAUUAACGUGUGAAUUGUGCUAUACGGUUCAAUCCGUGGACGCCUCGUUGGCUGGAGGCAACGGAAUGGGCACCGGGCGCACCUUUGUGGAAGAGCUGCAGGACUUGGAAGUCCACGGGGCACAUUUUUCGUAA